CGGUUCCUAGGGGGAAGCUUUCUUCUUCCUUGGGGUUCGAAGGGAGAAACGGCUUAGUUCUUAAAGUGACUGUGCUUUUCCACCCUCAGCAGAGGAAGAACCGAUGCUGGCGUGGCCCUGCAGGAGCUCCACAGCCAUGGGUCCAGCCCAGGCCCGACUCCUUUCUGGGCCCUCCCAGGAGUCCUCCCAGCCUAACAGAGGGUUGAGCUACCAGGGCAAGUCGGUAGCUCAGCCUGGAGACCAAGCCCCAGGCAAAGCCCAUCGUUGUGCCCACUGUCGGCGGCGCUUCCCGGACUGGGUGGCCCUGUGGCUUCACACUCGGCGGUGCCAGGCCCGUCUGCCUCUGACCUGCCAUGAGUGCAAACAGCGCUUUCGCCACGCCCCCUUCUUAGCGCUGCAUCUUCAGGUUCAUGCCUCUGCCGUCCCUGACCUGGGUUUCACCUGCCAUCUCUGUGGGCAUAGCUUUCAAGGCUGGGUAGCCCUGGUACUGCACCUGCGGGCUCACUCAGCUACAAAACGUCCCAUUACUUGUUCCGAAUGCGACAGACGCUUCUGGCGACGAAAGCAGCUUCGAGCUCACCUGAGGAGGUGCCAUCCCGCUGCCCCUGAGGCCCGGCCCUUCAUAUGCGGCAACUGUGGCUGGAGCUUUGCUCAGUGGGACCAGCUGGUUGUUCACAAGCGGGUGCAUGUGGCUGAGGCCCUGAAGGAGGCGGCAGACAAGGCCCUGGGUCCUAGACCCCGAGGCCGUCCUGCGGUGACUGCUCCCAGGCCGGGUGGAGACGCAGUGGACCGCCCCUUCCAGUGUGCCUGCUGCGGUAAGCGCUUCCGCCAUAAGCCCAACCUGAUCGCCCACCGCCGCGUGCACACUGGUGAGCGACCACACCAGUGCCCAGAGUGCGGGAAGCGCUUCACCAACAAACCCUACCUGACCUCGCACCGGCGCAUACACACCGGCGAGAAGCCCUAUCCAUGCACAGAGUGUGGCCGCCGCUUCCGCCACAAACCCAACCUAUUGUCACACAGCAAAAUCCACAAGCGCUCGGAGGUCUCAGCGCAGGUUGCACCCGGCACCCGGAGCCCCCAGAUUGCAGCAGAGCCCACGGCGCAGCCUGUACUUGGGACACCCUUGGGGUCCCCGCGGACCCCGGCUGAGGUACCUGUGCCCCUGCAUAGUUGCACCGACUGCGGCCGCAGUUUUCGGCUGGAGCGUUUCCUGAGGCUGCACCAGCGGUUGCACACAGGUGAGUGGCCCUUCACCUGCACAGAGUGCGGCAAGAACUUUGGCAACAAGACGCACCUGGUGGCGCACUCGCGCGUGCACUCCGGUGAGCGGCCCUUCGUCUGCGAGGAGUGUGGUCGCUGCUUCUCACAGGGCAGCCACCUGGCAGCCCAUCGGCGGGACCAUGCGCUGGAGAGGCCCUUCGUGUGCCCCGACUGCGGCAAGGCUUUCCGCCACAAGCCCUACCUGACAGCACACCGGCGCAUCCACACUGGCGAAAAGCCCUAUGCGUGUCCCGAUUGUGGCAAAGCCUUCAGUCAGAAGUCCAAUCUGGUGUCUCACCGGCGUAUUCACACGGGUGAGCGGCCCUAUGCCUGCCCCGACUGUGACCGCAGCUUCAGUCAGAAGUCCAACCUAAUCACACACCGGAAGAGCCACAUCCGGGAUGGCGACUUCUGUUGUGCCAUCUGCGGCCAGACCUUUGACGACGAGGGCCGACUCUUGAUGCACCAGAGGAAGCACGAUGCCUGAGAGAGGCCUAGAUGUCCUUGGCAACAGCAUGUCAGUGGCCCUCGUGGGGUGCCAACACUGAUGCUGCUGGAGGGACAGGUAGGGUUCCUAGAGGGAUAGAGGAGGCAGAAUGACCCGAGCUCUGUUUAGGAAUGGAGUCUCCCAGGUGGCCAGGGACCUGGCUUUGAGCUAGUCGGCCCCCAGCUGGUUUUUCUAAGGGUCAACUCAGACUGACUGCCCUGUACCCUGGAAAAAUAGCAAUAGCAGCCCCAUCUACCCUUCGAGUCCUCGGCUAGAGGAGCUACCAGUGGGAAGGGAGCUACUCCAUCCUCUGGUGUUAACGCCUUAAUGUCCCAGUCUUUACUCUGAGUUCCUUCAGGUCAAUUUUUUUUU